CUGCGGAGCACACCUGAUGGUGACAGGUAAAAGUAGGUCAUGUUAAGGCACCUGGCGAGUCCUUUCAUUUCGCCAUUGAUCGUACUGGUACGCUGUAUCCAUCGUUGUCUGGGCCUCGGCCUGUGGCGACCACAUGUAUCUGCUAGGCGCUGUGUUUUCUAUCACUGUGGUUCAAUGCAGUACCUCAGGUGGAUAAACAGCAACUGCCAGACAGUGUGCGUGAAAACAUGGCGACAUGCAUCCAGGUGUUAAGGCAGCGUUAAGCACUUAAGAUAACAAGAAAAAUAACGAUGCAGAGACAUGGAACUAUGUUUUCGGACGCCUAUGUACAUUUACUCAUUUCCCUGCACUACUAGUACACUGUAUGUAAGCUGUUAACAAUGUGGGGCUCCCCUUAACAGACAACCGGCAGUGGACAGCAAUAUACCAGACAUAAGGGGCAAACAGUGUCGUUCUGAGAGAGUUUUAUAAUGUAAAUGUCAAGGCACAUACAUCAAAUACCAGGAUUUACCUGCAGCACGGGGAAAACUGACGUCAGGUAGAGAUGUGCAUGACGUCACAGGGCUUCUGAGCUACAAACCUAGUCAGGUCACCACCUCAUAGGAAUAGUCUCGGCGUAGACUGUGAAGAAAUAAGCCACAUUUUACGUACAAAAAUUAAAAAAAUACUUUUGCAUUUUUGUAUACAGCCAUUAGGUUCAUAGGCAAAAGAACCUAUCAAUUCUGCCGGCCGUAACAUGGUUCGAAAACAUACACGCACAAAGCUUUAUUGCGUCUGCCAAAUCAGCGUUCUCAUCUUAGCUGUGCAAGGAAUGGUUUAUUUCUUUUUCUUGGACAAACCGCGCUUGUUAAAAGCUGGACCUCGCCUGGAACAAGGAGGAACAGAGGUCACUUACGAGUCUUUAUCGCCUGGUUUGAUGCUCUCAGGCGGAGGAAGGCUAUCGGUUAACUUGACUCAAGGAAGAGGAAAGCUAGUAAGUCUAGCACCAGGACAAAAGCGGGUCGAGCGGUCCCACCCAUUGGGACCUUACGAAGGACCUAAUCAGUAUUAUGGAAAACACUCAGUGAAAUAUCAAAUUAGUGCCCAUAAACUUGAAGUUGAAGGAGCAAAUUUACACGAGUUUAAUUAUUACAUGAAACCAAGAGGAAUCUGUGAUAUUCAAAGAGAAGUUUUCUUGCUCAUUAUCAUUCACUCCAGACCGGAGAAUUUUAAAAAUCGGAAUAUUAUCCGUAAAACGUGGGGUAGCCCGGAAUAUUUUCUUGUCAGCGGGUCGCGGGAUUCGUUAGUAAAAACCGUCUUUGUCUUGGGGUUGUCACUAAAUAAUACAAUAGACGCCAGACUUGACCAAGAAAAUGCUUUGUAUCACGAUCUCAUUCAGGAGGACUAUAGGGACCAUUAUCGGAACAUGACUUACAAACAUAUGGCAUCUUUUAAGUGGAUUUCUCAAAAUUGCAACAAUUCAAAGUACGUACUUAAGGCGGAUGAUGAUGUCAUGGCAGACAUUUUUACUGUCGUCCGCCUCUUACAGCAUUUGCCUCAAGCCGAGAAGGAGAAAGAUUUUAUAAUGGGCGCCAUUACAACUCCAUCAGUUUACAGAAAGAAAAACACACAGUGGUAUGUUACAACAGAAGAAUAUAGAGACAACACUUAUCAGACUUAUCCAAUGGGAUUGGCAUACGUCACAACAACUCGUGCAGUUAACCGAAUGUUUAGAGCGUCCCUAACAACGCCGUUUUAUUGGAUUGAUGACGUAUAUGUUGGGAUAUUAGCCGCCAAAGUCGGAGGUGUGAACUUCCGCAGAAUUAACGGGAAAAUGGCACUAUGGUUUAUGGGCGACAUUGAUAAAACUUUUCUCAAACGUGGAUAUUAUUUCGCACAUUUGCAGAGCCCGGGCGUUCAUUUUAUGUGGACUAUCUUUAACCGGUUACUCUCUCGUGAGCAUGUACCUUCCAUAAAAAUUCCAAAGAAAUAGUUGGCAUAAACACUGAUCCUAAGGUUUACUGGAAUUUUCAGACAAAAUUUCUCAUGGGGUAAUUGGAAAUGCUGAGGCAACCUCCAGUACAGUUCACCGUAGUCUAUGAGACAAAUGGACCUUUGUAGUGGUGUAUUCUCUUAGACAUUUUCUACAUAAUAUUUUCAUCUGCGUCCAUAUCGUCACUGUCGACAUUGUGUUUUGAUACACGCUCUUUGCUCAAAUACUUACAAACCAUGUUUUUCUUACCUUCUAAUUUUCUAGUAUUUUUCAGUGAUAGAAAUACGCCUACAGGUCAAGAAUAUGAGCAUAACUGAUCAAGUGAAAUGAAUAGAAAAUAACCGAUGUAUUUCAAAAGUCUGAAUAAUCACUUUUCUACCAAUGUACAGGUGAAACUCGACUAUUUUGGACGGGGGUUUCUGUAUUGAGAGUCACAGGGAUGUAGCGAAACAUAUCAAGGCAGUGACAUUUUGUGCAUUAGGUAAUGUGAUGUUAUACCAUUAUUAGUAGUAUAGAAAACUAACAGUGCAGGUUCAUUUUUACAAACGUCAUUGUUAUUCUGUAUUAUUUGCAGAUAUUGUAGUGUCGUCGUCGCCAUAAAUGUCAUCAAAUACCAAUCACAUCUGCAAAUGUUGGAACAGCCUUUCACCUAAGGAUACAAUAACCUUAGAAUGAAUGUUUCGGGUAUUUUAUUUACAUCAUUCAAUAUCCAUGUACAAUAAAAACUUCAGUGAAUAAUUGUUAGAUACUUCAGAACAGGUCAAUAUUAUGGUUAAUGUAGUAAGAAAUUUUCGAUGGAUUAUUUAAUUGUUGAUUUUUUGAAAGCUGAUUUGCACGAAGUUUAUUACUUCAAUUGUAUCGUUAUAAAAAUGUAAUCUUAGUGACUUGUAUACAUUUGAAGCAACUAAGCUAGUCAUCCGAAGUAUAAGGCUUUAUAAAUACGAAUUGAGAUUUACUUAUUAACAUCUUUAUAUAUAUUUUUACUAAAUAGAUAAUGGAAUGUCGUGUAAUAAUUCAUAAUGAUAUGAUUUACAUACGAUUCAUUUUUCAUCUUUGCAAAAAAAAAAGCUACUUUAUAAGCGAAUAGCUUUUAUUUAGUGGACGCAAUAAUUUGUAUGAUUUUGUAAGUUGAAACUAGGGUAGAAUAUGCAGGGGCCAGUGCAAGGAGUGUUUUGCGCCAAUAUGUUUCACCGCCAUGGUAGUGAACGAUAACGUUACUGUGUGGAUACAUCAUACGUGGAGACCGAGUCGGGGAUACUUCCCAAGGACG